AUGGAUCAUUUGGUUCGUCUGUUCGCCGCCCUGCCACGUACUACUCGGGGAUUUCCCACGGUUAUUGCUUCCAGUCCAAAAGGGGAUAAAAUGAUCUACUGUAAUGGAAACUCCGUCUUUAUCGUGGAUGUCGAGAACAUCACUGACGUCGAUAUUUACACUGAGCAUUCGGUGCCCACUACUGUUGCAAAGAUGAGCCCGAGUAGUUUCUACGUUGCUUCUGGGGAUACGGCUGGAAAUGUUCGCAUUUGGGACACGACCAAUGUUACUCAUAUCCUCAAAGCAACCUAUCAGGUUCGUUUUUUCGGGAAGCGUUCGAGAUAUCCGAUUGGCUGUGGUUGGCGAAGGUUCGGUCAUGUAUUCUUGUUCGAUACUGGAACAUCAAAUGGCAACCUUUCUGGUCAAUCCCGUCCUGUGAGCAGCAUCGAUUUUCGUUCAUCGAGACCUUACCGUCUCGUUAGUGGUUCGGAAGACAACAGUGUGGCUAUGUUUGAGGGCCCUCCUUUCAAGUUUAAGACAACUUUCCAUGAACACUCACGUUUUGUUAACUCUACAAGGUACAGCCCUGAUGGAUCACUCUUUGCUAGUGCUGGAGCUGAUGGGAAGGUUGUCAUAUUUGAAGGUAUAGACGGAGCCAAGAUUGGCGAAUUGGGCGACGUAGCUCACGCUGGUAGUGUUUUUGCUUUGGCGUGGUCACCAUGCGGUCAACGAAUCGCUACUGCAUCCGGUGAUAGAACUAUUAAGCUUUGGAAUGCUGCUGAGAGAACUCUAGAUAAAACUGUGACUUUCGGGGAUUCUGUUGAAGAUCAACAGGUCGGUGUCUCAUGGAGUUCUAAAGCACUUGUGUCCGUGUCCCUUUCAGGAUUUCUCAAUUUCAUCGACGCCUCAGGAAGUGUCUCCAAGGUUGUACAUGGCCACAAUAAGGGAAUUACAGCAUUGGCUGUGAGCGACUGUAAGGAAUGGUUGAUCACUUCAGACUUCGAAGGAAAUAUCACCCGCUGGAAUGUUAAAAGUGGUCAGUCCAAACGAAUUUCUCCUACACUUCAUAAAUCACAGGUACGCAGCUGGUUGCUUAGAUCUCAGGUAAUCUUCAUUUCUUGGUCACUUGUGCGUGGGACGACACUGUCUGCUUUACAUUCUUUACCCUCCACGAGUGUGAAGCUACUGUCACAACCAGUUGGCGUCACUUCCUCCAUCAGCGGCGACAUUACCGUCGUAGCUUGUUGCAAAAAUAUAUUUGAUCAAAAGCUUUCUACGGAACUCACUGUAUCGUUUAACCCAUCUUGUGUUGCGCUUUCGGACAGUGUAGUUGCUGUUGGAGGCCAGGACUCCAAGGUGCACGUUUAUUCGUUGAAUGGGACUACCCUUGUCGAAAAGAAGUUGUUAUCCCAUUCCUCGCCAAUCACAAGUGUUACUUUUUCUCCAAAUGGAGAGUUUCUCGUAGCUACCGAUAGUGGUCGCAAGGUGGUUCCUUAUUCGAUCGCUGGCGACUUCAAAGUUAUUGCGGAGAAGGAAUGGACUUUCCAUACGGCUAAAGUGAAUUGUGUUGCAUGGAGCACAGAUAAUUGUCAUAUUGCGACUGGUGGCCUGGAUACGAACAUCAUUAUUUGGGAUAUUAAACGAAGUGGAGAGCAUCCGAUUAUCAUUAAAGGUGCUCACGCCAUGUCACCAGUGAAUGGUCUCAGUUUCCUUAAUGAGAACGAACUCCUCAGUGUUGGCCAAGAUGCGAAUGUAAAACACUGGAAAGUCUCUCUGUAA